GUGAGGGGAGAGGGUAGCAACAGUUGCCUCGAGACCCGGCGCCAGGCGCCAUAGUGACCGUAGCCCUGGAGACUGUUACUUGCCAACGGGAGCAACGCGCGGCCCCGGCGGCCGGAGCCCAGCGCAGCCCGCGGUGCCCGGCGGGGAGUGCAGCAGUGAGCAUGCAGAGUUCAGAGGGAGGAUCAGAAUCAGCAGCUUCUGUGGCACUUCACACUUCAGCAGCAGUCCAAGCCCCGGUGGUGCAGCCGGUGCCAGCCUCGCAGCAGAGGGUUCUGGUCCAAGCAGCAGGCUCUGCUCCCAAAGGAGCUCAGAUGCAGCAGAUCUCUGUCCCCAGAGUUCAUCAGGUUCCACAACAGGUGCAGUCGGUGCAGCACGUUUACCCGGCCCAGGUCCAGUAUGUGGAAGGAGGAGAAGCUGUUUAUACCAAUGGAACCAUCCGAGCCACCUACUCCUACAACACCGAGGCUCAGAUUUACGCCCCCAGCAGCGCCGCCUCCUACUUCGAAGCUCAAGGAGGAGGAGGAGGAGGAGGAGGAGGAGCUCAGGUGACUACAGCGACAUCCUCUCCUUCAGCCAUUCCCUCUCACAACAUGGUGGGCAUCACCAUGGACAUUGGGGGAAGUCAGAUCCUCUCCAGCUCGGGAGCCUAUCUCAUUCAUGGGGGGCUGGAAAACACUAGACAUUCUCUGUCACAUACUUCACGCUCCUCUCCAGCAACGCUUGAAAUGGCGAUUGAAAACCUCCAAAAAAAUGAAGGGAUCACAUCACACAAAAGCAGUUUGCUCAACAGCCAUCUCCAGUGGUUGUUGGACAACUAUGAGACAGCUGAAGGUGUCAGCUUGCCCAGGAGCUCUCUCUACAACCACUACCUGAGGCACUGCCAGGAGCACAAACUGGACCCAGUGAACGCUGCCUCCUUCGGCAAGCUGAUCCGGUCGGUGUUCAUGGGGCUGAGGACUCGGCGCCUGGGAACCAGGGGGAACUCCAAAUACCAUUACUAUGGGAUCCGCCUCAAGCCUGAGUCGCCUCUGAACCGCCUGCAGGAGGACACCCAGUACAUGGCCAUGAGGCAGCAGCCCAUCCACCAGAAGCAGAGGUACAGACCAGUUCAGAAGAUGGAUGGGAUGGCAGAGAGUGGCUCCAACAGCAACCUGCACACCACCCCUGAGCAAUCAGUAGCUGCUCAAAGUCAGCACCACCAGCAGUUCAUAGACGUGACCCAUGUCUUCCCUGAGUUCCCAGCCCCUGAUCUGGGGAACGUCCUGGUGCAAGAGGAGGUCACCCUGAACGAUGUGAAGACUCUGCAGCUCCUCUACAGGCGGCACUGCGAGGCUACUUUGGAUGUUGUCAUGAACCUCCAGUUCCAUUACAUUGAGAAACUCUGGCAAUCCUUCUGGAACCCUAAACCACCAUCCAGUGAGGCCUCUGCAGCUCUGCCUUCCAGUGAAGAAGAACACGAAGGCAGCCUCCCAAAAGACAAGCUGAUUGCUCUGUGCAAGUAUGAACCUGUCCUGAAAUGGAUGAGAAGCUGUGACCACAUCUUGUACCAGGCUCUGGUGGAGAUCCUCAUCCCAGACGUGCUCAGGCCAGUGCCCAGCACUCUGACACAAGCCAUCAGGAACUUUGCCAAGAGCCUGGAAGGGUGGCUGAUGAAUGCCAUGAGUGAAUUCCCUCCCCAGGUUGUGCAGAUCAAGGUGGGAGUGGUGAGUGCCUUUGCACAGACCCUGAGGAGAUACACUUCCCUCAACCACCUGGCCCAGGCUGCCAGGGCAGUGCUGCAGAACACCUCCCAGAUCAACCAGAUGCUGAGCGACCUCAACCGCGUCGACUUCGCCAACGUCCAGGAGCAAGCCUCGUGGGUGUGCCAGUGUGAGGAAGGCAUGGUGCAGAAGCUGGAGCAGGAUUUCAAGCUCACCCUGCAGCAGCAGAGCUCUCUGGACCAGUGGGCCAGCUGGCUGGACAACGUCGUGACUCAAGUCCUGAAGCAGCACGAGGGCAGCCCCAGCUUCCCCAAGGCAGCCAGGCAGUUCCUCUUGAAGUGGUCAUUCUACAGCUCCAUGGUGAUUCGUGACCUGACCCUGCGCAGCGCUGCCAGCUUUGGCUCCUUCCACCUGAUCCGGCUGCUCUACGACGAGUACAUGUUCUACCUGGUGGAGCACCGCGUGGCACAGGCCAUCGGGGAGACCCCUAUCGCCGUCAUGGGAGAGUUCGGUGACCUCACAUCGCUGUCCCCAGCGCUGCUGGACAAAGGUGACAUCGGUACCCUGGGCAGCGAGGUGGAGGAGCCGCGGGGGGAGCCGCUGGUGAAGCGAGAGCGCCUGGAGCCUGGGCACUCCCUGCAGGAGAUCUGACGCUGGGACUCUGCUCCUCCGGGGCUGGCUGGGGACAUCCAGGGCCAGGCUGGAUGGUGCCAAGCCUCAGCCUUCCUGGCUCUGCGUCGUUAGUGCCUCUUAGCUUCUCUUUCUGUUUACUCGUGGUCGAGGAUGGGCUCCGGGGGUGAGCCCAGGCAGGCGGCGAGCCAGGGGCAGUUCGGUCACCUGCUGGCCCCCGGCUGGAGGGAGAAGGUUCAGCAGCUGCUGCCCAGCGAGGGAAGCCUCCUCCCUGCCCGGCGAGGCGUGGGUGUGCCUGCCUGGCAGGGCUGGGCUCCUCUCCUGCCUCGGCCAGGUGGGCAAAGGAGGCUUCUGCUUUAUUUUUUUGGCCAGGGAAGGUGGUUUGGGUCCCUUCCCCACCUGUCAGACUUCACUGUGAUACAAACCUGAACCAAGCAGUGCCCAAGAAGGAAGCAAAACAGCUGCUCCCCACCACCCCCCCCCGACCCAGCCCCUCCAGACAGCCUGUCCUGGCUUGGACCCUGCCAGGUCACUCCUGUCAGGGAGCACAGGGCAGGCUCUUGUACCCAGCUGGGGAGAGGGCUCCAGGCUGCACAUCCACCUGCUCCCAGCAGAGUGGGGCAGCUGUGAGUCUGGGAGUGACCUGUGUGUGCCCCAGGUGACACCUGUGUGUGUGACAUGUGUGUGCCCCAGGUGACACCUGUGAGGCUGGGAGUGACACCUCUGUGUCUGGGAGUGACAUCUGUGUGCUCCAGGUGACACCUGUGAGGCUGGGAGUGACACUUCUGUGUCUGGGAGUGACAUGUGUGUGCCCCAGGUGACACCUGUGAGUCUGGGAGUGACACUUCUGUGUCUGGGAGUGACAUGUGUGUGCCCCAGGUGACACCUGUG